AUGGAGACCGACAUCGUUUGCUGCCGAUGCGUCGAGGUCAAGGCAGUUGGAGUCGAGGCUCUGGUGCCGAGCCCGGACAGCCGCUGGCUAGCCGUUGCGCGGACGAAUGGAACUGUGGAAAUCUACGACGCUGCGACGAAUUGCCCCGCUCUUCGCCUUAGCGACGAAAACUGCUCCUCCGCCCGGUCGCUCCUGUGGAUCCCGGCAACCCGCAAGGCGGCGAUUGUGGCCUACGAAGCGGCGGCGGCUCGGGCCGGCGAGGCUCUAGCGUUUUCAGAAGGAAAACACGCCAUCCUUUCGAGGAAACGGGGCCGACAGGAAGACGAGAGAGAAGAAAGCGCAUGCGAGCUGUGCGAAUGGAGCCUCGUCGCUGCAGGCCUCCACGGCGUCAUCUCUGAGUGGAAUCUGCGAACGCAGCGCGUUCAGUCGGAAACCCCUUCCUAUGGUGGCGCGAUCUUCUCCCUGUCGCCGCCGCCGCACGGAGCGCCGGCGAACUUUUUCGCGGCCGCAUGCGACGACGGCCGCGUGAGGCUCUUCGCCGUGCAAGGCGCAGCUGCGAGGGCGGCGCUCUGCAGGGGAAACGAGACGGGCGCGGAGACAGACGAGGGCGACGCUGGAGCGGACGAGGAAGGCAUUCUGCUCAAGGCCUCUCUGCCCAAGACUGCAGCUCGUCUUCUGUCGGUCGCGUGGUACGCCCCGGGGCUCCUGUUUGCGGCAACCGCUGCGUCUACCAUCUUGCGCUUCUCUUCCUCUUCGCUUGCGGACCGCGCCUCCGUGGCUUCGUUUUCUUCCGUCCCCCGCGCCGGCGCCUUCGUGGCCGACGGGAAGAUGAUUCUCGUGCAUGCGUCGCGUGCGCGCCAAAACAGACAGAAAGAGAGUGAAGACGGCCAGGGCGAAAGCAAAAAAGGCGCCUCUCCCGUGCUCGUGUGGUGUCUGUAUCCGCUGCCGUCGGUCCACUUGCUCCUAAGCGGCGACAGCACCGGCUGUGUGACGGUUUGGUCGGUGCCGACGUGCGUGGCGCUUCGCCGCCUGCAGCUGCAUGCAGCCGAUGUUUUAAAUCUCGAGGCGCAUGCGGCGGUUGCCUUGGGAGGCGCCCUAGGGAAGCGCGGAGACGAGCAGGGCGAGAGCAAGCAAGUCCUCUCGAGAGAUCGGGCUAUGGUCACGGUCGUCUCCUCCGGCGUGGAUGGCAAGCUGGCGGUUGCGAUACGGCAAAAGGAAGGCGACUGGGUGGCGGGCCCUCCCAAGUAUCCUCACGCGUGCGAUAUUCGCGGCCUUGCGCUGCUUCCUGCCUCGCUCCACGGGAACGCUGCGGGGACCCGAAAGCGACUUCUCCACCUCGCCUCUCCUUCCUCGCUGGUCGCUUGGACUGGAGCUGUCGACGGCGUUAUUCGAUGCAGCGAACGCCUCACAGGCCUAGCCAGUGUACACGGCCCUCCGCCCAGCCUGCCUUUUCAUCCUUUGGCUGCCGGCGUCCUUCCGCGAAUCAGCGUCGCGGGUCGGGGGAAAGACAGCCUCGUCUUGUCGUGCAGUGACAGUGGCCUCGAACUGUGGAACGUCAACCCAGUGGGAUCCGACACUCUUCUCUCGCAGUCGCCUCUCUCGCUUCCUGCCUCUCUCUCGACAUCCGCCGCAUCUGCUUCUAUUGUAAAGCUUCUCCGCGUUAGUCUCCGCGACAAUUUACGGCCACGCUGCGGCGACCUUACGCCCGACGGGACGCUCGUUGCUGCAGGUAGUCGACGCGGCCUCCACCUCUUCGGCGUCCAUCUAAAAGAGCUGGAAAUUGUUGACGUGGAAGGCGGGCGCGGCUGUGACGCACUCCGAGACGUGCGAGCGCUUCGGUUCCUGAGCAACACCGUCCUCGCGUGCUGCUGCGCGGCUUCGCGUUCCAAGAAAGGCUCGAGGCGCUUCCGGUUUUCUUCCGAAAAUGCAGAGCGAAAACCUGACUUUGUACCGAAGAGCCGACAAGGCGAAGCGAGUGACGAGGUGACGCACAGAGGCGAGACGCAAGAGAAGAAGCGCAGGGCCGAGAAGAACGGCCGUGGCGAGGCUCAAGUUUCCCAGGCCACUGAAGUCGAUACUCAGCGCAGCACACAGGCAGCCAUUGCGCUCGCGGCAGCUGCCGUUGAGGCCGAGUGGAAGGCUUUGGGAGAGGCCGAAGACGGCCAAGGCGCGCUUCCAGGCGGCUACCGUGUCGUCUUUCUGGAUGUGUGGCGAGGCGGAACGGUUCUCGGCGAACUCGGCCCCUUUCCCCAUCCGAUUCGGUCCUUCGACGUCUCCGACGACGGCUCGUUCCUGUCGUGCCUCUUUUCUCUCGGGUCGCUGCUUGUCGUUUCGCUCGCCGACUUCUCGCCAGUGCGCUUCUUCCGCGCCUUUCCGCACUCCGCUCGGGCUCCGAUCUCGUGCGCCUGCUUCUCGCCGAGCUUGCCGGCGGGGCCCGAGACGCGGCGGCGCAGACGAAGCAUCUGCCUUUUUUCCACGCGGAGGCAGUACUGCGUGGUUCCGCUGCUGGACGCGAACGCCGAGGAACCAGUUGAGCGACAGGCGGAACCCGCUGACUUGGACGAGAUCGAGGACGGAAGCGCGGAGGAGGGCGCGACGCACGGACGCGGCAACAAAGCUCUGAAGGAGACGAAGAAAGCGCGAACGGCCACAGGGGCGACUCAACGUGCCGACAACGAUGGUACCUGUGGAGACGCGAGCGACGGGAGAAGGGAACGAAAAAUCAAAAUCAGACAGAUCCCGACGUCUUGUAUCGCCCCGUCAGACGGUCCUAUUAUGAACGCUCUGUGGUUGAGCAAGAGCUGCUUCCCUGCACAGCAAGUUGAUUCCUACCUCUGUCCCCAGUCGUCUUCCUCUUCUGCGCCGACUUCGUUCUCCCUCGCGGAAUCGUCUGUUCUGCUCUGUCUCACUCCGUCUGUAGUUUGUCGCCUGCCGGUCGCCCGAUCGCUCAAGAACGGUGCGGCGUCGCGGCGCCCGCCUUCCUCUGCGUCGUCCUCUCUGCUGGCGUCUUCGGUCCCGUCUUCUCUGCUUCCGGUGAACGCCCGAGGCAGUCCCGAGGCGGUUGAGCCGUGCGAUGAAGUGGAGAAAAGAAAGGAAGGCAAAAAGACGCGAGCGCCGCACCAGGCACUGUCCAGUGGAAGCAGCGAGUCGGAGGUGGAGGAAGACGAGGACGAGGAUGAUGUUCCUUUGGUGGACGCGUCCGACGUGUCCCGACGGACCCUCGGUGUCCGCACCCGCCGCCUCGUUGAGGACUUGUGCCUCACGCCGGCGGCCUCCUGGUCUCACUCUGCGUCUUCGUCCUUCCCGGCAUCGCACGUAUCCGUCGCUCUUCUUCCGCUGUUCGCUUCCGGUCAAUCCCCGCACUCUCCUCUUUCGACUGGCAUGUUUGGUCUUCUGUCGCCCCCGCUGCGGCGGCUCUGGCUUCUGCAGCGUUCCGCCGCCCUCCCCGCUGGGGACACAGGCCAAGGAUUGAAGAAACAAGCGCCGAGCGUCAAGGGCGAACAGGCGAGUUCUCUGUGUGGGUCGCGCCCCAGCCCCAGGCCUUCGCUGUCGACAACCUGCUCGUCCCCGUCGUCCCUGUCGUCGGGCGCCAGCGCGCGUCUACACAGUGGAAAGCAGGACGGCGCUCUGGACGGGUUGUCAGUGAAAAGGAGGGAGAGGAACGAAGGGGUAGCCGUAGCGGGCCUCGAUCAGGGGCGCCAAACGGAAGCAACUACGUCUUUUGCCGCUGACAAGUCAACGUUUUCGGUUCUGCGCCGAAGCACGGGCCAUGGGUUUCUCUCUCUCCUCUUUCUCCCUCACCGCGACGCCGCGGGAGGGAAGAAGAAGCUUAAAGGUGGCGACGCAGAGCUCGUGAAGCACAGAGGCGUCCUCAUGUUGAUUGAAGCAUUGGACGGCGCCGCAGGAGAGCCAGAAAACAUGGAGGCGCCGUUCAACAGAAAGCGCUACGGCACAUAA